UUCCGCUUUGCGCUGCCCCUCAAUCUUCCAUGAACACCCACACUAGCAAAACCCCUUUUUAGACCGUUCUCACCAUUCGCAACACCCGACCAAGACACCGCCUCUGGAAGAGUCUCACAAUGGACCAGCGCGGCGCCCCGGAAUUCAUACUAGAAGCCUUUGCAGACCCAAACUCGGUGCGCGACGUCGUUCGUGGCAUUCUCCAUACCAUCUUCUUCCUUCGGUUCUUCUCCGCCGUCCUCCCGCAAACCCGCGACGUCCUCGGACUCGAGUUAGCCUACGUCCCCGAAGCCGAGAUCGAAACCCUCAUCGACCAACAUGUGGCCGCCCUCGUGCGCCAGCUCGAGUCAGAGCGCCACCAACCCCAUAACCUUUACGAUAACCGCGGCGGCGGCCCAGGACUCGGCCUGCUAGGAGGCGGGACACCCCCUUCGACAACCUCGAGCGGGGGAGGGGGCGGCGGGCGCGGGCAGAUCACGAUCCAAUUCCUCGAGAAGCGCCGGCGCAAAACUUGGUACGCCAUGCGCGGCGACGACGAGGUCUGCUGGGAGAGCUGGACAGUCAAGGUGACGGUAGCCGACCCGCGAACAGAAGGCGAACGAGCAAAAGUCCGACGCGCCUCCGAGAGAACCCUCCACAACACCAUCAUGAAGGCGGUCACGCUGGCCAACGCCCACAAGGACCACAUCCCGCCCAUCACCACCUCGGACUCGAACCCGUUCCCCUACCAGAUCCACGUCGGCGGCAUCGGCGGCACCGGCGGCCAACCACAGCAGCAGCAGCAACAGCAGCAGCAACAGCAGCUGCUGCAGCAACAACAGCAACAACAGAAACACCAGAGCAAGGAGGCCGCGGCCGCGGCCGCCGUGACGGCCAAGGCUGCCGGGUGGGCCACGCGCAUGGGAAUCUACUAGGUGGGGGUCUCUCGGCGCGU